AUGAAAGCGUUUGAAUUUUCCAAUUCGGCACAGCAAGUGCCCAGCUCGCUGCAGCAACCCUUCACCAUCACCGCCAAUCCUGGCACUGACCUCUGGCGCAAGCCGCCCUCAACGAGCCGUUUCAAUGUGCCAUUCCUGCAUACUCGCGCCACGCCGCUCGCCAGCUUACAAAGGGCUCGAGUCCGAGUGUCUGCCUAUUGGAAAACACUCUACGACCAAGGCGGACUGGCGAUCUUCAGCGGCUACAGGAUCUGGAUUAAAGCCGGCAUUGAAUUUACGCAUGGUCGGCCAAAUGUCAGCGUUGUGGCUACCGAUCGAUGGUCCGACUGGAGCUUGUCACCCAUGCCGCAACCCAACAACGGUGAUGUCACCAUCGAAAUGAUCCGCGAAAAGGAUGGCAGCUUGUGGAUCUAUGUGAUUGAAGCAGACGGUGAAAAAAGACCAGUUAGAGAAGUCACGUGGGCAUUCGACAGUCAAGACAAAGCUGAGUGCUGGGUCGGUGCAUUCGCUGCGAAACCGUCAAAUGAAGCUGGCAACCUGGAGGUUCAAUUUGAUGGGCUGGAGAUUGAAUUUGCCUGA